AUGGCCGAGUUAGCCACCGCUGCGCCCGGUGAAGCGCCUGAAGGCGAUGGUAUCUACCCUCAUUUGACGUUUAACAAGAGGUUCGAGGACUAUCAUCGCUUGUCGAGCCUAUUUGAAACCUGCAAACUGGAUGUCACGGCCCCGCUGCCUUUGAAGAACAAAUGGGUUAUUUGGGAGCAGAUCGUAAAGAACCACGACCAACGCCACAACGCGGACUACAAGUGCCACACCAGGCCUCUGGUGUCGUUCGACUCGCCCAGCGAGCUCUCCACUUCGCAGCGUCUUUUCCGGGAGUGUACUGACGGCAGCCAGCACGUUGUGGACGCCAUUAUGAUAUUCAGGGACGGCAUCGAGCCUAUGUGGGAGGAUGUCAUGAACAAGGACGGCGGACACUUCGACUACCGCUUCAAGCCCGGCGAAGUAGGCCAAUUUAUCGUCGACGAGUUCUGGAACAACAUUAUCCUUGGGUUGAUAGGUGGCGACAUGCCCCAUGCGCAUUUGAUAAACGGCGUGCGUUUGGUGGACAAGUUGGCGACGCGUUUCCCGGUAGUGCGUAUCGAAGUGUGGUUCCAGAACUUAGGAGAAGACAACGACGCGACCCAGCUGAUGAAAUCCAUCGGCACUUGCAUGGCCCGCCGACUGAGACUUGCUGCUCGCCGCCACGGUCUCCGGCGACCUCGUGAUGUUGGUUUGCGGUCGAUAAAUGAGCCGACCGUAUGCUAUAGGUACGAUUUCGACAAGGAAGGAUCCGAACUGCGGGCGUCAUGGUCUAACCAGACUGCACAUAAGAAGUCCAUCAGGAAGGCGGCAUUUUCUAACAACGGUCGAGACAUCAUUGCCGUGGCUGCUGACAAGCGAGUGUCGCUGCUAGACGUGGAAGGCAGCACUGUAAAGUGGUACGGCCGCGGUCAUAGAGCCGCUAUUAGUACCUUCUGCACUGUAGACAACAAUACAAUCGCAACUGGUGAUGACGACGGGGAGAUCAGGAUUUGGGACACUCGGCUGGCCAAGGCCGCCUGCCGGUCAAACGUCUCGGAGUUCGAGGACUCCAUAAACGGUAUGCUUUUGGGCAAGGAUUCUAAGGAGCUGCUUGCUGUAUGCGACGAUCAGCUGGGAUGCUUCAACUUGAAAAGCGGGCGUGUGUCACUGCAGGGAAUGUCCGACAAUGUCGAGGACGAAUUGCAGUGUAUGACAUACGCCAAGGGUAUGCGUAAAGUGGUCUGUGGGAGCAACACAGGUCACAUCUGCAUGUUCACGUACGGCCGUUGGGGUGACCUCGACGAUCGCAUGACGCUGCACGCCAACAGCGUCGAGAGCGUGGUGGCCUUCGACGAUGACACCAUGUUGGUUGGUGGUGACGACGGAAAGGUGCACGUCAUCUCAAUUCAUCCCAAUUCGGUGCUGGGUGCCAUUGACACGAUUCACAAGCUUGGACUCAGCAUAUCUAGCACGGACUCGUUGUGCAUAAAUGGAAACAAGAGCCAUUUGGAUACGCAAAGGAUUGUCUGCCGUCAUUCUGCGACAGCGGCAUGGUAG